CUCACCUAAUAUAAUCGUCUGCAAUAUCAAUUUAUCGUAAACACAUUCCAGCUGAGGUAUGGCAAGAAACUACUGUUUAGCCCCUGAAUAUGAAGACCCUUCAUUUAACAUCUCUACAAACUUCACUUCAUUCCAAAACGAGAUGUCAUCUUCAGCCCAUUUUUUGACAAAUUUGCCUUAUUAUCAUCAACCUAGUUCAACUCCUCAAAUACCAUUGGUUGCUUUGUGUCCACAAUCUUCUUCUUUAAGUUACACUAACUCAAGUGCUUCAGAUGAAGCUGAUGAGAACCAUACAAGCAUCAUCAAUGAAAGGAAGCAAAGGAGGAUGAUAUCGAACCGGGAGUCAGCUCGAAGAUCCAGGAUGAGGAAACAGAAGCAGUUAGAUGAGCUGUGCACCCAUGUGAUGUGGCUCAGGAAUGAGAACCAUGGACUCUUGGAGAAGCUGAACAGGUUCUUGGAGACUCAUGAACAAGUUAUUCAAGAAAAUGAUAGGCUUAAAAAAGAAACCAUGGAACUAAGGCAGUUGCUUAGUGAAGCACAGCUAGCUAGAACCUACACUACUUUGAGUGAUCUUGAUGAUAAUGAUGAUGAUCAUGAAGAGGUGCGUGUUCCUUCUUGCACCACUGUUUAUCUCAGGGCUGAAUCCAUUAUAAAUUCUACCACUAAACACUCUUCUAAUAUGUAUCAUUAACUUGAUUUACCAAAAGGGUGCCUUAAUUAACUAACUAGUAUCAAAUAAAUAAAUAGAUCUUUGAGCAAUUGCAUCAUGUUUAACUACUUUUACUUUUUCUGUUUUUUUAACGACCAACAAAAGCCCGAUCACCCAGGUAAACCCUAUGGCAAAAGUUCACCCACGCCCGCGAACGCAGACAACGCUGGUGACAUGGCCCGACACCAUUCUAGAGGAAACCCGGCCACCGCCCGUAAGUCCACUAUGAUAAAAACCCCUGGCUUAACCCAGAGCAUUUUUGGUCCGAACAAAACUCAACCCAUGACCUCUACUUUGGAAGGUCACGAGGCUCUUAAUACACGAGAGGUUCAUCGGCAGGCUACUUUUACUUUUAUUUGUUGGGUUGUUUACUUGAUAUUGUGUUGUUCUAUCUGGUGUGGAUGCAAAACUCAACCCAUAUACUCUACUUUUAAAGGUCAUGAGGCUGUCAAUACACGAG